GACAUGGAUAAAACUACACAGACUUUUCAUUUUACAUUUAUCUGCAAGUUGAAAUUCCACAAAGAUUUUCAAUAUAAAAAAUGACUCUUAAAAAAUAGUGUUUUUUUUGGUUGAUGAGUUCCAACUAUUAACCAUAUAAUGCAUAGUAUGAAUCAUCAAUGUGCAAAAUAAUAAUUGGAUAAGGAAAUUAAUCAGUGAUGGAAUGAAUUAAAUGAAUGCCUCGAUCUCACUUUUUUCAUUAUAUCAUUUGAUAUUGAAACAUGUGUACCGUAGCACAAAUUUUACUCUUGCUGAUGAUUACGCACAUUCAUGCUCUACCUGAUAUUAUUAGAAUAGGAGGACUCUUCCAUCCAUUGGAUGAUAAACAAGCAGUUGCGUUCCGUUAUGCAGUGGAGAAAAUAAAUGCUAUUAGACAUAUUCUACCUCGAUCGAGACUUAGUGCUCAGAUUGAACAAAUUUCCCCUCAAGAUAGUUUUCAUGCAUCAAAGAGAGUAUGUUACCUCCUAAACACUGGUGUCGCGGCAAUCUUUGGCCCACAAAGUGCCCAUACAGCAGCACAUGUGCAGAGCAUCUGUGAUACAAUGGAAAUACCACAUUUAGAAACACGCUGGGAUUAUAGAUUUCGGAGAGAAAGUUGUCUUGUCAACUUAUAUCCACAUCCCACAACAUUGUCAAAGGCAUAUGUAGAUCUUGUUAAGGCUUGGGGAUGGAAAAGCUUCACCAUAAUAUAUGAAAACAACGAAGGAUUGGUAAGAUUGCAAGAGCUUCUAAAGGCUCAUGGACCUAGCGAUUUUCCGAUUGCAGUUCGACAACUCAGCGAGGGUGACGAUUACCGACCAUUACUGAAACAAAUAAAGAAUUCAGCAGAGUCACAUAUAGUACUCGAUUGUUCAACGGAAAGGAUCCAUGAAGUUUUGAAACAAGCUCAACAAAUUGGCAUGAUGAGCGAUUACCACAGUUAUCUUAUUACUUCAUUGGAUCUCCAUAGUGUUGAUCUGGAAGAAUUCAAAUAUGGAGGAACUAAUAUCACUGCCUUUCGAUUACUAGAUCCCGAAAAACCCGAAAUACAGAAUACCGUUCAAGAAUGGAUAUUUGGUGAACAGAGAUAUGGCCGUCAACUGCAGUUGGCCCAAGGAAUCAAUAAGAAUAAUAUCACUACUCUUAAGACUGAAGUAGCACUAAUGUAUGACGCUGUACAUUUAUUUGCCAAAGCUCUUCACGUAUUGGAUGAAUCGCAACAAUUAGAUAUAAAACAAUUAUCAUGUGACUCUGCCGAUACGUGGUCGCACGGUUAUUCGCUUAUUAACUAUAUGAAAAUUGUGGAAAUAACAGGAUUGACGGGCUUAAUAAAAUUCGAUCAUCAGGGCUUUCGCUCGGAUUUUAUGCUUGAUAUAAUUGAAUUGAAUAACAAAGAUGGUUUGAAGAAAAUUGGUACAUGGAAUAGCACGGAAGGAGUUAAUUUUACUCGAACAUUUGUCGACGUUUAUACGCAAAUUGUUGAAAGCCUACAAAAUAAAACAUUCAUUGUCACAACGAUUCUGAGCGCACCAUACUGUAUGCUAAAAGAUUCAAGUGAAAAACUACAAGGAAAUGCACAAUAUGAAGGAUACAGCAUCGAUCUUAUUCAUGAAAUUUCAAAAAUACUGGGGUUUAAUUAUACCUUUCGGCUUGUACCAGAUAAAAAAUAUGGCUCGUACAACAAAGAAACCAAAGAAUGGGAUGGCAUGAUAAAAGAACUCUUAGAUCAAAAGGCUGAUCUUGCUAUUGCUGAUCUUACAAUCACAUACGAUCGUGAACAGGCCGUUGAUUUUACAAUGCCUUUCAUGAACCUUGGAAUAAGUAUCCUAUAUCGAAAACCCAUCAAGAAACCCCCAAAUCUCUUUUCAUUUCUGAGCCCACUGAGUCUCGAUGUGUGGAUUUACAUGGUGACGGCUUAUCUUGGAGUUUCCAUUCUACUUUUUAUUCUAGCAAGAUUCACCCCUUACGAGUGGUAUAAUCCCCGACGGUGCGGCCGUAAUUGCACACAUAUAGAAAAUCGGUUCAAGUUAAUCAACUGUCUGUGGUUCACCAUUGGUUCUUUAAUGCGCCAGGGUAGCGACAUUUUGCCCAAGUUCAGUCCAUAUGAGUGGGAGAAUUCCCAUACUUGCAGCGCACAAUUUGACACCUGCGAGAACGAGUUCACUCUUCUCAAUUCACUCUGGUUCACCAUAGGCUCACUCAUGCAGCAAGGCUCUGAUAUAGCACCGAAAGCAGUAUCAACGCGGAUGGUAGCGGGUAUGUGGUGGUUCUUCACGCUUAUCAUGAUUUCAUCAUACACAGCCAAUCUUGCUGCAUUUCUCACUGUUGAAAGAAUGGAAUCUCCAAUUGAGGGAGCUGAAGAUCUUGCAAAACAGACCAAAAUAAAAUAUGGGGCAUUGGCUGGGGGUAGCACGGCGGCAUUUUUCCGGGAUUCAAACUUUUCAACUUAUCAGCGCAUGUGGUCGUUCAUGCAGUCCGCCAAACCAAGUGUAUUCACAAAGAGCAAUAUGGAGGGUGUGGAAUGGGUAAUAAAAGGUAGGGGUAGUUAUGCAUUUCUAAUGGAAUCUACAUCAAUUGAAUACGUUAUCGAGAGAAACUGUGAAUUAACUCGCGUUGGAACCGAACUCGACUCGAAAGGAUAUGGAAUUGCAAUGCCGCCAAAUUCACCGUAUAGAACUGCCAUUAGCAGUGCCAUUUUGAAACUUCAAGAGGAAGGAAAAUUGCAUAUUUUAAAGACACGAUGGUGGAAAGAGAAACGAGGUGGUGGAAAAUGCAGAGAAGACAACCAGAAAGCGGGAUCUACGGCAAAUGAACUUGGUUUGGCAAAUGUCGGUGGUGUAUUUGUUGUAUUGAUGGGCGGUAUGGGAAUAGCAUGCGUUAUAGCUGUAUGUGAAUUUGUAUGGAAAAGUCGAAAAGUAGCUGUCGAAGAGUCGAGGAAACAAAAAACUGCGGGAAAACCAAUCUGCGACGGUUUUACCGAUCUUCACUAAUUACCUUCAUUACUCAAAAAAUUUUAAUCUUCAUAAUAAAGGAGAGGGAAAAGUCAACCAGUUAAUUAUUAUGCUCCAUAAAAUUUCUCUUCCUCUUGGUAUUUUCCACAGCAUUACUGUGAUUCUAAUUUUAUGUAAAGCAUAAGGAUGAGUGAUUCGUUACCAUAGCAACAUAUUAUUAUAUGUAUUAUAUGUGUUGAUACUCAAAUACCAAUGCAUUUUUCAUUCUGUCAAUUUGAUACAUAAUUAUUAAGAUGAUCAAGUCGACUCACACAAAACCAACAUUUAUACAAGUUACAUUGUCAUGAAUUCACUUGUAUUCUGAGGCAUAUUGCAAUCAUAAUAAAUAAUAGUCAUCGUA